GGCGGUUGCGCCUUUAACGGCGGGCGGAGGAGGAGGCGGAGGAGGAGGAGGGCCGGGGCUGCGCUGGGUGACAUCAGUGGGUUUGGCUCCGGGGCUCAAUGGAAACUGGGUGAGCGCCGGGCUGUGCCGAGCACACGCCGGCUGGAGGGGACGGCGAGCGGGCGGGAGGCGGCAGGCAGCGCCGCGCCGCGCCGAGCCGAGCGAAGGAGGGACGCGCCGGGCACGGCCGCCACCAGCCCUCCCCAAUCCUCCGUCAUCCUCCCCGCCGCGGCCGCCUGGCCCCCUGACAGCCGGCGGAGCAGCAUCCCCACACGGCCCCCUUCCCGUCAGGCACGACUGAACCAUGGAGCUUCGAGUAGGGAACAAAUACCGGCUGGGCAGAAAGAUUGGCAGCGGUUCAUUUGGAGACAUUUACCUAGGAGCCAAUAUUGCAACUGGUGAAGAGGUGGCCAUCAAACUGGAAUGUGUCAAAACCAAGCAUCCCCAGCUCCACAUUGAAAGCAAGUUCUACAAGAUGAUGCAGGGAGGAGUGGGUAUCCCCUCCAUUAAGUGGUGUGGAGCAGAGGGGGACUAUAACGUGAUGGUGAUGGAGCUCUUGGGGCCCAGCCUGGAAGAUCUCUUCAACUUCUGUUCCCGCAAAUUUAGUCUCAAGACAGUUCUGCUCCUGGCAGACCAGAUGAUCAGCCGUAUUGAGUACAUUCAUUCCAAGAACUUCAUCCAUCGGGAUGUAAAGCCAGACAACUUCCUUAUGGGCCUCGGCAAAAAAGGCAACCUAGUAUACAUCAUUGAUUUUGGUUUGGCCAAGAAGUACCGAGAUGCCCGGACCCACCAGCACAUCCCUUACCGGGAAAACAAGAAUCUGACUGGCACAGCCCGUUAUGCCUCUAUCAACACUCACUUGGGAAUUGAACAAAGUCGCCGUGAUGACCUGGAGAGCCUGGGUUAUGUGCUCAUGUAUUUCAACCUGGGCUCGCUGCCCUGGCAGGGCCUCAAGGCUGCCACCAAGCGCCAAAAGUACGAGAGGAUCAGCGAGAAAAAGAUGUCAACGCCCAUCGAGGUGCUCUGCAAAGGGUACCCUUCUGAGUUCUCAACAUACCUCAACUUCUGCCGUUCGCUGAGGUUUGAUGAUAAACCUGACUACUCAUACCUGCGGCAACUCUUCCGCAACCUCUUCCACCGCCAAGGCUUCUCCUACGACUACGUCUUUGACUGGAACAUGCUUAAAUUUGGAGCAGCCCGGAACCCUGAGGAUAUGGAUCGGGAGCGGCGAGAGCAUGAACGAGAGGAGAGGAUGGGGCAACUCCGAGGGUCAGCCACACGAGCACUGCCCCCUGGCCCGCCUGCUGGAGCCACUGCCAACCGUCUUCGCAAUGUCACUGAGCCCAUGGCCUCCACCCCCACCUCCCGAAUCCAGCAGUCCGGCAACACGUCCCCCAGAGCAAUCUCAAGAGUGGACAGGGAGCGGAAGGUCAGCAUGAGGUUACACCGAGGAGCUCCUGCCAACGUCUCCUCAUCUGACCUCACAGGGCGGCAAGAAGUGUCACGGAUUUCAGCAUCACAGACAAGUGUGCCAUUUGAUCACCUUGGGAAGUGAGGAGCAAUUGCCACUGGACCAGUGUUUGCUUAGUGUCUUCACUGUAUUUUUCUUUUAAAAAACAAAAAACCCAAAAAACAAAUAAAAACU